CUUUCCUUUGGACUCAGAGUCUUCCCGCAGCUGUUGGUCUGGAUGUGUGAUCUGCCCAGUGUGUCGCUCAUUUGUGUAGCCAUCAUGUGGGUUCCAGCUCUCAGUUCAUUCCUCAGACACCCACUGCCUCAGCCUUAGUCACAGUAAGCUUGCUGAAUAUAAAUGAGACCAGUGUUGGUAAUUCCAGAGGAAUGUGCAUUUUCACCCAUGUUCUCGGGACCUAGGAUUUGCCUGGCACCACGCACGGUGAAACUCUCCAGAAGCGGUGCGGGUUGGGGACGUCCCGUGCCACCGUGGAGAUAGACGCGCGCGGUUUCCAAAGCGUGGACGAGCAGGCCUGCGCUGCCCGGGGCGCCGUGAGGACUGCGCUUCCUCCUCCGAGAAGGGCCUCUGCGGGCCGCGCUCGGCCCUGCCCGGUUCAAAUAGCCCCCCGGCGGCUCGGCUCGUGAGUGCGGCCUCGGCCUGGCGGCCGUCGGCGCGGCCAGGAGGGGGUUAAGGCGAAGGCGGGGCGGGCCCGGCGGGCGCCCGCUCGGGGCCCUUUGUUAACCGGCGCGUCCGGGCCGAGGCGGAGACGCGGCCGCGGCCAUGGGCGGGGGCGGGCGCGGGCGCGCGGGACGGCGGUGAGGGCGGCCUGGCGGGGCCGGGGGCGCCCGGGGGGGCGCGCGGGGCGAGCCGGGCCUGAGCCGGGAGCGGGGCGCCGGGCCCAGACGCCGCCGGCGCGGGAAAAUGUUGGAAAUCUGCUUGAAGUUGGUGGGCUGCAAAUCCAAGAAGGGACUGUCCUCGUCCUCCAGCUGCUACCUGGAAGAAGCCCUUCAGAGGCCAGUAGCAUCUGACUUUGAGCCCCAAGGUCUGAGUGAAGCUGCUCGUUGGAACUCCAAGGAAAACCUUCUUGCUGGGCCCAGUGAAAAUGACCCCAACCUUUUUGUUGCACUGUAUGACUUUGUGGCCAGUGGGGACAACACUCUAAGCAUAACUAAAGGUGAAAAGCUCCGUGUUCUAGGCUACAAUCACAAUGGGGAAUGGUGCGAAGCCCAAACCAAAAAUGGCCAAGGCUGGGUCCCAAGCAACUACAUCACACCAGUCAACAGCCUCGAGAAGCACUCCUGGUACCACGGGCCAGUGUCCCGGAACGCUGCCGAGUAUCUGCUGAGCAGCGGGAUCAAUGGCAGUUUCUUGGUGCGGGAGAGUGAGAGCAGUCCCGGCCAGAGGUCCAUCUCUCUGAGAUAUGAGGGGAGGGUGUAUCACUACAGGAUCAACACUGCUUCUGACGGCAAGCUCUACGUCUCCUCAGAGAGCCGCUUCAACACUCUGGCUGAGUUGGUUCAUCACCACUCGACUGUGGCUGACGGGCUCAUCACCACUCUCCACUACCCAGCACCCAAGCGCAACAAGCCCACGGUCUAUGGCGUGUCCCCCAACUAUGACAAGUGGGAGAUGGAGCGUACAGACAUCACCAUGAAGCACAAGCUGGGCGGAGGCCAGUACGGGGAAGUGUACGAGGGCGUGUGGAAGAAGUACAGCCUGACGGUGGCUGUGAAGACCUUGAAGGAAGACACCAUGGAGGUGGAAGAGUUCUUGAAGGAAGCUGCAGUGAUGAAAGAGAUCAAGCACCCAAACCUAGUGCAGCUGCUUGGGGUCUGCACGCGGGAGCCCCCCUUCUAUAUAAUCACCGAGUUCAUGACCUAUGGGAACCUGCUGGACUAUCUGAGAGAGUGUAAUCGGCAGGAGGUGAACGCGGUGGUGCUGCUAUACAUGGCCACUCAGAUCUCGUCAGCUAUGGAAUACCUGGAGAAGAAGAACUUCAUCCACAGAGAUCUUGCUGCCCGAAACUGCCUGGUAGGUGAAAACCACUUGGUGAAAGUGGCUGAUUUUGGUCUGAGCAGGCUAAUGACAGGGGACACUUACACAGCCCACGCCGGAGCCAAGUUCCCCAUCAAAUGGACAGCGCCUGAAAGCCUGGCCUACAACAAGUUCUCCAUCAAGUCUGACGUCUGGGCAUUUGGAGUGUUGCUUUGGGAAAUUGCUACCUACGGCAUGUCACCGUACCCAGGAAUUGACCUAUCCCAGGUCUACGAGCUGCUGGAGAAAGAUUACCGCAUGGAGCGCCCAGAAGGCUGUCCAGAGAAAGUCUAUGAACUCAUGCGAGCAUGUUGGCAGUGGAACCCCUCUGACCGACCCUCCUUUGCUGAGAUCCACCAAGCCUUUGAAACAAUGUUCCAGGAGUCCAGUAUCUCAGAUGAAGUGGAAAAGGAGCUGGGGAAACAAGGCGUCCGAGGGGCUGCCAGCACCUUGCUUCAGGCCCCAGAGCUGCCCACCAAGACCAGGACCUCCAGGAGAGCUGCUGAGCCCAAAGAUGCCACCGACAUGCCUGAGGCCCCCCAUUCCAAGGUCCAGGGAGAGAGUGAUCCUCCAGACCACGAACCUGCUGUGUCUCCACUGCUCCCUCGAAAAGAGCGAGGUCCCCCGGAUGGUGGCCUGAACGAAGAUGAGCGCCUUCUCCCCAAAGACAAAAAGACCAACUUGUUUAGCGCCUUGAUCAAGAAGAAGAAGAAAACAGCCCCAACCCCUCCCAAACGCAGCAGCUCCUUCCGUGAGAUGGAUGGCCCGGCAGAGCGCAGGGGGGCUGGUGAGGAAGAGUGCCGGGAAAUCAGCAAUGGGGCACUAACUUCCACCCCCUUGGAUGCAGCAGAGCCAGCCAAGUCCCCAAAGCCCAGCAAUGGAGCUGGUGUCCCCAAUGGAGCCCUCCGGGAAUCAGGAGCCACAGGCUUCCGGUCUCCCCACCUGUGGAAAAAGUCAAGCACUCUGACCAGCAGCCGCCUCGCUGCUGGCGAGGAAGAGGGCAGCAGCGGCUCCAGCAAGCGCUUCCUGCGGUCCUGCUCUGCUUCCUGCGUGCCCCAUGGAGCCAAGGACACGGAGUGGCGGUCGGUCACACUGCCUCGGGACUUGCAGUCCACUGGAAGACAGUUUGACUCCUCCACAUUUGGAGGGCACAAAAGCGAAAAGCCAGCUCUGCCUCGGAAGCGGGCUGGUGAGAACAGGGCUGACCAGGUGACCAGGGGCACUGUGACUCCCCCGCCUAGGCUGGUGAAAAAGAACGAGGAAGCUGCUGAUGAGGUCUUCAAAGACACCAUGGAGUCUAGCCCGGGCUCCAGUCCCCCAAGUCUGACUCCAAAACUCCUCCGUCGGCAGGUCACGGUGGCUCCUUCCUCGGGCAUCCCCCACAAGGAAGAUGUGGGGAAGGGCAGUGUCUUAGGGACCCCAGUUGCAGCUGAGCCCGUGUCCCCCACCAGCAGAGCGGGCUCAGCCGCACCCACAGGCCCCAGCAAGGCCUCAGCAGAGGAGUCCAGAGCACGGAGGCACAAGCACUCUUCAGAGUCUCCUGGGAGAGACAGGGGGAAACUGUCCAAGCUCAAACCUGCCCCACCACCCCCUCCACCCCCUCCAGGCUCCACAGGGAAGGCUGGGAAGCCCUCGCAGAGCCCAAGCCAGGAGGCAGCUGGGGAGCUAGGCACCAGCACAAAAACAAGAUCCAUGAAUCUGGCUGUUGAUUCUGUGAACAGUGAUGCCGCCAAACCCAGCCAGUUAGGAGAGGGCCUCAAAAAGCCUGUGCUCCCUUCCAUACCAAAGCCACAGUCAUCCACCAAGCCACUGGGGACCCCCACCAACACAGCCCCUACUUCUUCCACAUUGCCAUCAGCAUCUUCAGCCCUGGCUGGGGACCAGCCGUCUUCUACCGCCUUCAUCCCUCUCAUAUCAACCCGUGUGUCUCUUCGGAAAACUCGACAGCCUCCUGAACGGAUCGCCAGUGGUGCCAUCACCAAGGGUGUGGUUCUGGACAGCACUGAGGCCCUGUGCCUCGCCAUCUCUAGGAACUCUGAACAGAUGGCCAGCCACAGUGCGGUGCUAGAAGCCGGCAAAAACCUCUACACAUUCUGCGUGAGCUACGUGGAUUCCAUCCAGCAGAUGAGGAACAAGUUUGCCUUCCGAGAGGCCAUCAACAAACUGGAGAACAACCUCCGGGAACUUCAGAUCUGCCCGGCAACAGCAGGCAGUGGCCCGGCAGCCACUCAGGACUUCAGCAAGCUCCUUAGUUCUGUAAAGGAGAUCAGUGACAUUGUACAGAGGUAGCAGACGCCAGCAGUCAAGAAGCUGGAGCUGCCUGCAGCACAAGGGGGCCUGUCAUGCCCAUGACAGUGGCUGACGGGACUAGUGAGCCAGCACCUUGGGCCAGGAGCUCUGCACCAGGCACAGCCAAGGGCCCCCGUGGAGUCCAGCCCUACUACCUAUGUGUGCCCCAACUGUCCCCCUACACUGUCCUCCUCCCCAGCCUGGGCUCUCUGAGCCACCUUUGUCCUCGCAUUUUAUCUGUGGAGUCCCUGCUCUGUGGACUGCAGUGGGCACACCCUGGCCCAUCAGGCUGGUUCCCACCAAGUGCUUCAGACUGAGCUUUCCAGCUCAGGUGGGAACGGUCACAAAGGAGUGCCCUUUUCAUUUUUCUCUCUGGAGACCCUCCUCUGGUGGUGCCUUCUUUCAUUUGCCCCCCCAAAACGGAAGCCUGAACCAAGUCCAUGGGCCUUGUCCCUCCCCCACACUCCUUGCCCCUGCACCUCCUGCUUUGAAAAUGUGCUUCAAGAACCACAUUCUAGGAGGGGCGUGCAUGGCCUCCUCUGGUCGCUCUGCCCUCCUCUGCUCCCCAGGGCUACACACUUGCUUUACCUUGUGUGCAGAACAGCUCUUGAUUCGGGUGGGAAAUAGGGUGCUAACACCAACCAGCCUUUGUGUCCUGAACACCUGGAAGCUAUCAUCUGUCCUAUCCAAGUCCCUGGACCCCCAUCCUUACUGUUUUUGACAUGCUCUGCCAGGUCCUGGCAAAAAAGCUUAAGUCUUAAGGAUGGCAGGUCACUGUUACUGCUGCCUCCCACCCCCACCCGCAGCAGAACAGGGCCGGACAGGGAGGCAGUGGCUGGCUGUGUAAACAGCUGAUGCCAGGUCUAGCCCUGGACUGGGCCCAGGCAGAUCUGGUGGCCCAGGGUAAGCCUUCCUUUCUCACAUCCUGGUGACCCAUUACCUUCCCUUCCUAGCUCCUUUCUCUGUGAUAA